AUGGCUAACUUUAGACCGGCAGGUCUAUCCGAUGAUGACACAAAUAGUGACGACGAUUAUGGUUUUUUUGAAAAACUGAACCAUAAUAAUAACUAUGCAAGGGAAUUGGAAAAUCUUAAGCAGAAAACUGAAGUAAGGUUACAAGAUGCUAUCAUAAAUGGUAACCUUGAAGAAGUCUUGAAUAUAAUCAACACAGAUUUAAGAGGCAAUAUAAAUAGUAAGUUGGAAAGUGGAUGGACACCACUAUUUCAUGCAUGUUUCCAUGCACAAGAAGAAAUAGUUGAAUGCCUGCUAAAUAGAGGUUCUGACCCCAAUGUGCAUGCAGAUUCAGUGACUCCGGUAAUGUUAGCUUGUUCUAAUAAUAGUGCAAGCGAGUCAGCGGCAUAUAACAUAGUAACAAACUUAAUACAACACAAUUGCUUACUGAAUAUUGGUGAUAAAUAUGGAAUUACUCCUUUAAUGAAAGCUGUUAGUUGUGGAUAUGCAUCUAUAGUAGAAUUGAUUCUUGAUAAAGAUGUAAAUAUUGAGAUGAGAGACCGUCAAGGUUGGACAGCAGUAUUCUGGGCAAUACACCACAAUCAGCCAAAAUGUCUUGAAAUUCUUAUAAGCAAAAAUGCAAGAUUAAACAUAAUAGAUAUGUCAAACCGAUCACCACAGUAUAUUGCUGAUACCCACAACUACAGUGGGAUUCAACAAGUUCUCUCAAAAUAUAUUCAAGAAGAUGAAAUAGAAAAUGACAAAAUGUUAACCAAUGAUAUUUUGAAAGACAUCUCGACAUGGCAGGAUUAUUAUCCAGGCUUAAGAGAUGAAAACAGCCCAAAAUAUUCAUCAGAAAUAAACCAUUUACUAUAUGGUAUGAAUUGUGACCGUCUCAAGAGGAAAUUUGAUGAAAUUCCCAUGGAUUUGCGGACGUUUUUGCUCCUUGAAGAAAAUGAUAUGAUUAAAAUGGGUAUAGACUUGCCAUUUGAGCGGCAGAGACUAAAGCAAGGCUUGCGAACUUUUCAUUUACGUAAGUGGAAAGUUAAUGCGGUUGCUGGAUUACAAGCUCAUAGAGGGAAUUCUUACAGUAUUAUCGAAUGUGUAAAUGUACUGGGAUGUCACUUACAACAACUAUACGUGUUGGAAGCAACUGUCAUGUACAUUCUCCGAGAUUAUGGCCGAUUACAGAACCAAAUCAAAUUCGAACCACCGGACUCACCUGUUAUCAAUAGAUUUCAUAAUGCCGCCAAGAAAAUGAUUACCAAUAUAAAUAACGUGAGAAGAGAAAUAAAAAUUAUGAAAAAAUUACAUAGCAACAUAAGUAAAGAUAGCUUAAAACCAGUAGACCUCAUUAUGGAGAAAUCCACCAAAGAAUUAGCUGUAGAAGUAAUAACCAAACUAGUCGCAGUCAGCACUCUGGGCUUACUCCUGUAUCGUUCUAAAGGAUUUUUUAUAAAUAUGUUCAACAAA